GUCUGCGGCCGAGCGGCCUGAGUGUCCGCGCCCGCACCCGUGUGGGCCCCGAGAGGCGGAGGAUCGAGAAGGGGGCCCGGCCAUCUACCUCUUCCCCAUGCCCAGAGAUCUCUACAGCGUCCAUGCUGUGACCCCUACAGCUGACUGGCACAUGGAGACAGAACCAGCUCCAGGAAGAUGUUCAGUAGUCAGGUGUCUACCCACAGCAGGAAUCUGGUGGGAGGCCACCAGCUGUUAACAAGACAAUUGCUUUAAUAAAGCUUCUUUACAGGUGGCAUUUUCCUGUCCCCCAGGAUUGGUUUCAGUCAUUUGUCUGCUCAUCUGUUUAACUGUUCUUCACUGAGCACCUCUCUCUGCCAUGCCUGGUCUGGGCUUCGAGACUGCAACGAGGGUCAUCCCACAGUCUUGAGACCCCCGCUGCCUCAGUCCUGCCGCUUGCUCCUGCAGGAGAUUUUCUGGCCUGCAUUCAGAAUUCUCAAAUCCAGGGAUAUUUUAUCGUGAAGAAAAAUGAGAAGAAACAUCACCAAAACCAGUGCCACCACAGGCAAUAGCACCAAAUCGGGCAGCACCAAAGCCAGAGAUUUAAUGUGCAAAAUGGCGAUUAUACCAGAUUGGCAUACUUGGCAUCCUCGUGCACGAAAAUUCACAUAUUUAAGACCCCACUCUUCACCUUGCAGAGUGUAUUCAUGGAAUGGUUUCCAAAAUAUGUUCAGACCUUCUUCUUCAACCACAGCUGUUGCAAAUCCAAUACUAUCCUUCUUAGAUGUUAAACGGAUUUUAUUUCAAAAAAUUGCUGAUAAAGGGGAUGAGUUGAAAAAAGCCUUUCAGCUGCUCGAUACUGGUCAGAACCAGACGGUGUCAAAAAGUGAAUUGAGACGAGCCAUCACCACCUUCCUUCUGCCUCUGACAAGAGAACAGUUUCAAGAUGUAUUGGCUCAGAUCCCCCUCACCAGUUCUGGUGCUGUGCCAUACCUCGAAUUCCUGUCCAGGUUCGGUGGAAGCAACGUAAAUGUAAAUGUUAUGAAGAGGAUAUCUGGGAAUGAAAUGAGUCAAUGCCGGCCAUUAAAAGAACUUGAAGUCCAAGCAGGAGAAAAGAUUUUCAAAAACAUUAAAACUGUUUUCAAAGCCCUGAAACUCAUCGAUGUUAACGAGACUGGACUGGUUCAAGCACAUGAUCUCAGAAGGGUCCUGGAGACCUUCUGUUUGAAGAUGAGCGAUGAUGAAUACAAAAUAUUUUCAAAUUACUACAACAUUGAUAAAGAUACUGCAGUGGAUUAUAAUGCUUUUUUGAAGAACCUCAGUACAAACAGUGCCUUGAACCUGAAAUAUGUUAUGGGAAAUCAAGAAGUCUUAGGGGGGAAUCAGCAAGUCAAAAAUUUCAAAAAGGAGUGCUUAUCCAGGUCUAAAUCUACCGAAGAUAUCUGGAAAAAAUACAACUUAGAUGAAAUUGAGAAGACUUUUUGCCAAGAGCUUUCGAAGUCCUAUGAAAAGGUUGAAAAAGCCCUCAGUGCAGGAGACCCUGCCAAAGGUGGAUAUGUAUCUUUGAAUUACCUAAAGGUCGUCCUUGACACGUUUGUAUGCCAGUUACCAAGAAGGAUUUUUAUCCAGUUAAUGAAAAGAUUUGGACUUAAAACCACCAGUAAAAUCAGUUGGAAGCAAUUUCUAACAUCAUUUUAUGAACCUCAGCAGUCGGGAGUUAGCAGGACAGCUCUCAUGGCAAAAAAGAAUAGAAAUCACUCUUGCAAGGAAAAUAUUAUCGUGAAGCUACGUAGAUAUGCUGGAGGUCAUCUCACAUCGUUGAAGGAGGCAUUACUGAUACCCAGCACUGAUCUUGGUGGACAUAUAAGAAGGAAAGAACUGCAAAAUAUUUUAAAUUGCAUGGCUUUUAAAAUAAGUGAUUCAGAAUUCAAAGAACUAAUGCAAAUGCUUGACCCCAGGGAGACUGGAUUGGUUAAUGUCAACUCAUUUUUUGAACUGCUUGAAGAAGAGAACCUGAAGAUGAGAAAACAAUCCCCUUGUACAGACAAUAAGGCACUUCUUCUGGCUUGGGAUUCAGUUGAAGAAAUGGUUCGUGAUGUGAUUAAUAGGAAUCUUCAUGCUUUUCAUAACAUGCUACAGUCAUAUGACUUCGGAGACACUGGGUUCAUUAGCCGAAAUGGUUUCAAGAAAGUCAUGCACAUGUUCUGCCCAUUUUUAACCAGUGAACAUUUAAUAAAACUCUGCAGUAAAUUUCAGGAUGCUGCUUCAGGAAGAAUCCUUUACAAGGAACUCUUGGCAUGCCUGGGAAUUAUCGGCCCGCCCGCCGUCUCUCCAGUUCGUGUUCCCAAGGUCCAGCCGCUGAGUGAGCAGGCUCACAAAGAGGGACAGCAGGGGCCGCGUCUCUCUGAGAGGACUAAGCCCACUGAGGACAAAACCACCUUGACCAAAGAAGAAGUUAUUGAAAAGCUCAAAAACUGUAUACAGCAGCAAGACCCAACAUUCAGAAAACGAUUUCUUGACGUCAGCAAGGAACCUAAUGGAAAAAUUAAUGAACAUGAGUUCAAGAAGGUACUGGAAGACACCGGGAUGCCCAUGGAUGAGGAGCAGUAUGCUCUGCUGACUAAAAAAAUAGGAUAUGAGAAAGAAGGGAUGAGUUAUCUUGAUUUUGCAACAGGAUUCGAAGAUACUAAAAUGAGUUGGCCAGAAGCUGCUACACCUCAGACUGUAGUUUUCACAAGGAGUAACUUGGAUACCCGCUUCCUAACUGCCGAAGAGUGCCUGCAGCUUUUCCCCCAGAGACUGAAGGAAUCGUUCCAGGACCCCUACUCUGCCUUCUUCAAGAUAGACACCGACAGAGAUGGCAUAAUCAACAUGCACGACCUCCACCGGCUGCUGCUGCGCCUCCUGCUCAAUCUCAAAGACGAAGAGUUUGAGCGUUUCCUUAGCCUUUUGGGUUUGAGACUUAGUGUCACCUUAAAUUUUCGGGAAUUUCGAAACUUGUGUGAGAAGGGAGUGUUCAGAACAGAUGAAGCGCCUCAGAGACUCGUCAGACCAAAACAGAAGCUUACAGAUUCAGAGCUAGCUUGCGAACAGGCUCAUCAAUAUCUUGUUACCAAAGCAAAAAACAGAUGGGCAGACUUGUCAAAGAAUUUUAUAGAAACUGAUAAUGAGGGCAAUGGCAUUCUUCGUCGGCGGGAUAUAAAGAACGCGCUCUAUGGUUUUGAUAUUCCCCUCACACCAAGAGAAUUUGAAAAGCUUUGGAUGAGGUACGACACGGAGGGAAGAGGGCACAUUACGUAUCAAGAGUUUUUACAGAAAUUGGGUAUCAGCUAUUCCGCAGCAGUUCAUCGACCCUACGCUGAGGGUUACUUCAAUUUCAUGGGUCAUUUCACGAAGCCACAGCAGGUGCAGGAAGAGGUCAGGGAACUGCAGCAGAACACAGGGAAGGCCCUGCCAGGCAGGGAUCAGCUUCAAGAUCAUUAUCAAGAUAUCAUCAAAGCACUCACCAAACUAGAUAAAUCCAAAAAUGGCUGCAUAUCCAUAAGCAAGAUGCAGAAGGCACUGCAAGAAUGCUGCUGUUCUCUUAAGGAAGAGGAGUUGACACACCUUCUAAACAGUUGGGGAAUCAGCCGGCAUGAUAAUCAGGUCAAUUACCUUGACUUCUUGAGAGCAGUGUAUAACAGCAAGUCACCAAGACCUCAGCCAACUGAGAAAGAAGAGAGCCAGCCAAUCAAUUUUGCAACCCUGAAUCCAGAGGAGGUGGUCAAAAACAUCCAGGAGGUUGUCGCUUCCUCCCAUCAGGCUUUGUUAAAGGCAUUUUCUACAUUGGAUAAAGAGGACACUGGGUUUAUAAAGGCUACGGAAUUUGGACAAGUUCUUAAGGAUUUCUGUUACAGACUAACGGAUAACCAGUAUCAUUAUUUUUUGAGGAAACUAAGAAUUCAUCUCACCCCCUAUAUAAAUUGGAAGUACUUUCUCCAGAACUUCAGCUGUUUCCUUGAGGAGACUGCUGUCGAGUGGGCUGAGAAAAUGCCGAAAGGCCCCCCACCUGUGUCUCCCAAAGAAAAGGCAAGGAGAGACCUCGUGGCGCGUCUUCGCAAAGCAGUGGCUUCCCGCUACGGUGCCAUCGCACGGGAGUUUGAGAACUUCGACACCAUGAAGACACACACUGCCUCCCGGGAUGAGUUCAGGGCCAUCUGCACCCGUCACGUCCAAAUCCUGACAGAUGAACAAUUUGACCGACUCUGGAGCGAGAUGCCAGUGGAUGCCAAAGGGAAGCUGAAGUACCAGGACUUCCUGAGCAGGUUCAGUUCAGGGAAGGCAGAGACCCCGCUGGCAACCAGCAACUCGGGCAGGGCCCAGAGGGGCAGCAGUGUGCCCCUCGGCUCAGGGGGCAUCAGGUCUGUGGCAUCCUCGCCCACUGGAGACCUACAGGAAGGGCCCAAGUCCCGGAGUCACCCCUGCACUCCAGCUAGUACAGCCCCAUGGCCAAGAACUCUGCCCCUGCAGAACUGUGAACCCAUAGAGAACAAGCUCAGAAAGAAAAUUCAAGGUUGUUGGCGAGAACUCCUGAAGGAAUGCAAAGAGAAGGAUGUGAACAAACAAGGAGAAAUCACCACGUUUGAGUUCCUGGCCCUUGUAGAGAAAUUCAACCUGGACGUAAGCAAAGAGGAGUGUCAGCAGCUCAUUGUAAAGUACGACUUGAAGAACAACGGUAAAUUUGCUUACUGUGACUUCAUUCAGAGCUGUGUGCUAUUGUUAAAAGCAAAGGAAACCUCACUGAUGCAGAGAAUGAAAAUUCAGAAUAUGCACAAAAUGAAAGAAGCUGGUGCAGAGACUUCUUCCUUUUACUCUGCGUUGCUGCGUAUUCAGCCCCAAAUCUUGCACUGCUGGAGGCCAAUGAGGCGCACAUUCAAAACCUACGAUGAGGGCGGAACGGGGUUUUUAAACGUGGCCGAUUUCAGGAAGGUCCUGAGACAGUACAGCAUCAACCUCUCCGAGGAGGAGUUCUUCCAUAUUCUCGAGUAUUAUGACAAGACACUCUCUUCAAAAAUAUCCUACAACGACUUCCUGCGGGCUUUCCUCCAGUAGGUGUCGGCCAGGCCCAGCAAGGACAGACCCAGGCACCAAGGGCCUGUCCCCAAGACGAAUAAAAUCCUGAUUUUCCAGAAACAAAGCUCAAACCCAGGCCACACCCCGCCUCCCUUCCAGCUGAGAGGGCCGGCUCUGGCACCAGCUGGAGGUUUCUCCCAGCAGCCUGGCUCCAAGGCUGCCCCGCUGGGCCUCAGACAACCCCUCACACUUUAGUCUGAGCAAAUAAAAAGUUAGCCUUUGCAGGAAUGAUUCUUAAGACUUUAUGAGAACCACCAAUGAUAAAACACUUAGCGUUUCGGAGGUUUCUUUUGUGAGAGCCUGCCGGCCACUCCUCCAACCCAGGGCCCUCAGUGAUGUCAUCCGAGCAGCACCUCCUCGGUUCCUUUGUCCUUGUCCUGGAUCAGAUGUGACACUUGUGCCCUCCUGCUGUGCUCACCACCGUGGCCACAUCUCUGCUCCUGGAAGCACCCACCGUGGCUGGCCUCGUGCCCAGGGCACCUAUACUGGGCACACCCCCGCCAGCCUGCCCUCACCAGGACCAUCUGGCCCCAUCUGGCCCCUCGGUGCUGGGCCACAGCCCUCCAAGGCCGGGCCACGCCAGCUGCCAAUUGGGAACACCCACCAGAGACCGUUUUGAGAGGGACCUUCCUUGGAAAGGACGGGGUUUGACAAGCCCAAAGAGGACAUUUUAAAACCCCUGAGCUCCUUCCCACCUACGGUGAUGCCAUCACCCACUGAAAGAGCGAUGUGGGCAGAAGAAGAGCAGUUGUCUGACUACUGUCUGUUAGUCAGGGAGGGGCAGUGAGAAGGCCCCCACCCACCCCGGCCCACGCUGGCCAAAGCUGCCGAGCCGAGAUCCCCUCUCUGCGCCUUCUCAGGCACCAGUUAGGCCUCAGCUCCAGUGAGGCUGGCACUGCCAAACCGGACCACCGCACACCCCAUGGGGAGAAGCAUCCGGCCCGGCUUGCAGUGCCCACUGCAGCCCUUGGUUUCCUGCAAAAUGUCUGCCUGGGUCAUGUUUGUUUCUGUGUGUCCUGAACCCUCAGGCUGGACCCCCAGACUGAGAGGGGGUGGGCUUCAAGGUGAGGGGCUGCACCGCACAGGCCAGGCCCAGGUCCCGGAGCAUCCAGCUCUUCUCUUGUCUAAUCCUUCGAGUAGCUCCUGUCUGGCAAGCAGUGAUUUGAGGUUUUGAGGUGGGGCUGAUUUUCAUCUGAUGUGGUGUUCCUCUGUAAUCCACCUGAACCGGGAGGCCCAGACUCUGCAGUUGAGGAGAUUUGCUUUUGAACAAAUUGUCUGGGGCUGAGGAGCUUGCCAACCGUGCAAAAUAAACACAUCUUU